AUGCACAGAACCUACUCUUUAAGAAAUCAAAGAGCUCCAACGGCUGCUGAGCUGCAAGCUCCUCCCCCCCCACCAUCAUCCACGAAAUCCAAAUUCUUCGGGAAGGCCUCUAUUGCGUCUAGUUUUAGGAAGAAUGCGGCUGGUAACUUUGGACCGGAGUUAGCAAGGAAGUUGUCGCAAUUAGUUAAGACCGAAAAAGGUGUUUUGAGGGCUAUGGAAGUUGUCGCCAGUGAACGUCGUGAGGCCGCUAGACAGUUGUCUUUAUGGGGUGCUGACAAUGAUGACGAUGUUUCCGAUGUUACAGACAAGUUGGGUGUCCUAAUAUACGAAUUGGGCGAGUUGCAAGACCAAUUCAUUGAUAAAUAUGACCAAUACAGGGUGACUCUAAAGUCCAUUAGAAACAUUGAAGCCUCUGUUCAACCUUCAAGGGACCGCAAGGAAAAGAUCACGGAUGAGAUUGCUCAUUUGAAGUAUAAGGACCCUCAAUCAACAAAAAUCCCAGUUUUAGAACAAGAGCUAGUUCGUGCCGAGGCCGAAUCUUUAGUUGCUGAAGCCCAAUUGUCUAAUAUCACGCGUGAAAAGUUGAAGGCUGCUUAUAGUUAUAUGUUUGAUUCUUUAAGAGAGCUUUCCGAAAAAUUCGCUUUGAUAGCUGGAUACGGGAAGGCUCUCCUAGAAUUACUAGACGAUUCUCCGGUCACUCCAGGCGAAGCUAGACCAGCCUAUGACGGUUAUGAAGCUUCUCGCCAAAUCAUUAUGGAUGCCGAAUCUGCUUUGGAAUCUUGGACCCUAGAUAUGGCUGCAAUCAAGCCAACUCUCUCAUUCCGUCAAACCGUCGAUGACGUCUAUGAAGAGGAAGAUGGUGAAGAAGAGGAAGAAGGGGAGGAAGGUGAAAUUCAAGAUGCCGAUGCUCCCAAUCAAGUAGUUGAAGAAGAAGAAGUUGAAUGGACUACAGAAGCCCCUGCAGAAGGCGAAACCCAUGGAGCUGAUCAUUAA